CAAGAACCCCGCCAGCUGUCACCUUCAUUCUUUCUUUCGCUUUUCCUUUCCCUCUGUUGUCUCCUUCCAUUUCUGCCGUCACCCUCUGUUUUUCUCCUCUCCUUCCUUCACAGCCGGACUAUGAAGAAAUUGAAGAACCCCUUCCGCUCGCUUCUCCAAAUAAUCACUCCAGAUACUGCUGUCACCCUCGUUCUUUCUUCUCCCUUUUCCUUUCUCUCUGUUUUCUCCUUCCCUCUCUGCAAACCUGAAGAUAUUCCCUCUCUGCAAAAGGCACACAGAAAUUGACGGUAAUAUGGAAGAAAAGAGCAGUACUGUAGCAAAGAGGACAAGGGCUCAAACAAAGUGUAUAUUGAAGAAAAUGAUUGAUGAAUACUAUGAGAAGAAGCCGAAGGAGAAGAAAGGGGAAAGUGAGAAAGCCCAUGACUUUGAUGCAAUGAACGCAACUGAGGGGAAAAGGAGGGAAGAAUUGGAGUCAAGUAAAGUCAGAAGAAAUGACAUAGGAAUGGUUAGAAUUAACAGCACUAGCAAUGAUGAAGAGCAAAAAGGGGAAAAUGCCAACCGAAAUAUCUUCAAUAGAAAGAGGAAGGGAGCUGUUGAAAAGUUUUUCAAUGAUGAUGAGAGUAGUGGAAGUGAUGUUAGGAUUUUGGGGCAAGAGGAAGUGGUGGAAGAAGUGAACUUGAAGGAAUUUAAUAGGAUGAGGAGGAGGAGGAGGAGAGAAACUGUUUACAGCUGUAAGAAUGAUGAUGGGGGAAAUGGAAGUAGUGUUGAGAUUUUGCAGGAACAGGAAUCAUGGAGCUCUGAAGAGGGUGCUGAUGAUUCUGAUAAAGACUAUAGUGAGGAAGAAACAGGAAGCUCUGAUACACAAUCAAACAAUUGGGGUUAUUGUUGCAAGGAUAACCUUGAAGGAGGGAUAGGGAAAGAUGAUGGCAAGAUGAGUCCAUCUGGAAGAUAUUAUAUCAAGGAAAAAGAGUGCAGUGAGGAUGUCGAGAUUCUUGGAAAGAGCAUGGAGGAUAAUAGAAAGGAAGAUUCAGUGGGAGGGAAUGUCAGCAGUGAGAGUUCUUUGAGAAAAAGAAAGGUACAUGGUAACCUGAAGGAUGGUGAAGUGGUGACAAGUAAGUUAUCGUGUCUGAGACCACGGCUUCAUUCAACUCCCAAGUCCAGAAAACAGGAAUCCGGACUUAGAACAUCAAGAAAGUGCUGCCUUCGUGUUUCUGACAGUGAAAGUUCUCAUUUUUCAGGUGAGGAGUCUGAUUCAUCAGAUCGGGUGCCAAAGAAGAAAAAGGAAGGUAGUAGGAUAUCUAAGCUCUCUAAGAGAAGAGGAAGGGUGUUAAGAGAGGUGGAUUAUGUGAAUAUUCUUCUGGGGUCCAUGUUCAAGGAUGAUGAGCAGACAAAGCAAAAUCUAUUUCCUUUUGAAGACAAUGGUCCUAUUCAUACGCUGCUGUUAAAAUUCAGAUUUGAUGAUGAGGAUCCAGCCCCACCUGAGAAAGAAGGCUGGCAGAAAGAAAUUGACAACCUUUUUACUGAGAUGGAAAUGUGCCUCACGUUACCUGAUUCUGACUUUACUGAAUCAUCCAUGGAUGGCACGCAUCAUGUCACUGCUACGGCAAAGAGCCAAGCAGAAUUAUGUCUGUUAGGGGAACAUCAGCUGAUUCUUGAAGAACCAAUUGGAAUCGUAUGCAAAUAUUGUCAAAUUGUGUAUAUGGAAAUGAAGGACAUUUUUCCUGUUCUGAAAAAGGAGACUUCACACAGACGGGAUUGGGUUGACCUUUGCAGAGGUGAUUGCUCUGGUAUUCAUGAGCUUCAUUUUGGUGAAUUAGCCUCUCGAAACUACUACACCUCCAUUGAUGCUGAAGGCUCUGUAUUGGAUCUUAUUCCCAAUGAUAUUAGGAUGUCAAUGUAUAGUCAUCAACUGGAUGGAUUUGUCUUCUUGUGGAAAAACAUAGUAGGAGAAACUUGUAUUGAGAAGCUGAAAACUGAACUGUCUGAUGAUGGAAGAGGAGCCAUAAUAUCACAUGCCCCUGGCACUGGGAAGACCUGCCUGACAAUUGUUUUUAUUCUGUCAUUGUUAAAAAUGUAUCCAAUGUGCCGGCCUGUGAUUAUAGCUCCUAGAAGCAUGCUGCUUACCUGGGAAAAUGAGUUCCGAAAAUGGGGAUCUAGAAUUCCUUUUCAUAACUUUAAUAGCAAGGACUUGUCAGGAAAUGAACUCAAGACUGAUGCAGAAUUUCUUCGGAGGGUUGGAAGUCGAAUGACAAAGCUGUACUCUUGGACAAAGGAUAAAAGUGUUCUAGGAAUCAGUUACAAGUUAUUUGAGCAGAUUGCCAGUGGACGGAAGGGAAAAAGAAGUGAUGAAAGACUUGGGGAAAUCUUUCUUCAACUGCCUGGUCUUGUGGUUCUUGACGAAGGGCACACACCUCGCAAUCAACAGAGUCUUGUUUGGAAGGCUUUGACAGGAGUUAAGACAAAAAGAAAGAUAAUCCUCUCUGGAACUCCCUUUCAGAAUAACUUUGACGAGUUGUAUAAUACUUUUUGCCUGGUAAACCCAAAGUUUUCUGGUUCAAUCACUUCUGAGAGUUGCAACAGAAGAUGGCAGCGGAAGAGCAAUGUGGAGAAAGAGAGAUGGAUUUCCUUGACCAAUGCCAUUCAUAAGAAAUCUGACAAUGUGGUAGAAGAGCUCAAGGCUAUGAUAGAUCCCUUUGUACAUGUACACAGAGGUUCUAUACUAGAAGAGAAUCUCCCUGGUCUGAAGGACACACUUGUUAUUUUGCGGCCAACUGAUGAGCAGAAGGACAUUCUUCGGCUUAUAUCGGAUGAUUGGAGUAGGUUUGACCAAGUACAUUUGGUGUCACUCAUUUCUGUCCACCCAUCAUUAGCUGCUUUCAGUAAACGCUUGUCUGCCCGCAAAGAUAGGCUAGGGGUGCUCGGAUGCAGUCCUUACGCUGGAGUAAAGACAAAAUUUGCCAUUGAGCUCAUCCGAUUAUGUGAUGCAUCACAUGAGAAGGUUUUAGUUUUCAGCGAAUUUAUUCAUCCUUUGAGAUUCAUAAUGCAACAGCUGAUGGAUCAGUUAAAGUGGAGAGAAGGCAUAGAGAUGCUGUAUAUGGAUGGAAAACGGGAUGAGAAGAAUCGCCAGUCAUCAAUUAGUUCUCUGAAUGAUCCUUCCAGUAAGGUGAAAGUUCUUUUUGCAUCCACAAAAGCAUGUUCUGAAGGAAUAAAUCUGAGUGGGGCAUCAAGAGUUGUUUUGUUAGACGUUGUUUGGAAUCCUUCAGUUGAAAGGCAAGCAAUAAGCAGAGCAUAUAGGCUUGGCCAAAAGAAUCUUGUCUAUGUUUAUCAUUUGAUAACCUCUGGGACCUUGGAGGUUGAAAAGUAUGCUCAACAGGCUAACAAAGAUCGCUUGUCUGAAUUGGUAUUUUCUUCUCGAGAUAGGCAAAGUAACAAGUCCAGAAUUUCAUCCGUUUUUGAAGACAAAAUCUUGGAAGGAAUGCUUGACAACAAAAUGCUGAAUGAUAUCUUUGAGAAUAUUAUUCACCAGCCAAAGGAAUCAAAUGUAUUUGCAAACUUCAAUUAUGUUGAGCACAAGCAUUAGCCAAAAGACCUUUUGCUGCUAUAUCUCUCAUCAAUUGUUGAUACUGUAGCAUUUUGUUUAGGAGCUCCAGUGACCUUUGUUCUGGCAACUUUUGAAACUUGCUGCACUUUGUUAUAGAGUCUACUGAUAUGUUUUAAACUGU